AUGUCAGACCACAUCGGGAACAGUCAUUGUUCAAUGAGCUUGAGUGCCGUAACCAUGUGGGGAACUGCGAUAACUAUUGUUUUGUUUUCAUUCGCUCCUUUUGUUCUGACGAAAGAUGCUGGCGGACAACCAGCAAUUAACAAAACAAUGUGUUUAAAUUCAACUGAAGUGAUUGAAAAGAGUAAUGCAAUAAACACUUGUUUCAAAAAUGUCGUGAAUAAACAUUUAGACAGUUCCUACGCUGGAGAUUGUACCAUUCCCAAAAUGGAGCAGUAUAUUAAUGCACAUCGGAACACAUUGAAUGCUACAUGUGGGCUUAAUUUUCUUAGACUAAAUGCAACGAAUUUGAUGAAGUACAUUGAGUUCAGUUUGAGCAACCAAACUUUUAAAGAAUUUUACGGUGACGUCAACUGUGUAAAAACAUUAGAAAAAAAUAUAACUGCUUGUGUAAAAGAUAAGGUUGGAUAUACCACUAUAUCUAAAGAGAGAAAACACUCUGGUUGGUACAAAAAAAUGGACUUGGCAUAUGCUCAAAGGAAUUGUGACAAUAGUAAUCGGGUAAAAGAAUGCGUAUUGAAAGUUCUGAGCACAUGUAAGCCGAGCACAAGCAAGUAUGUCUCUUCAUUAUUUGACUACGCACACAGCAAAUGCUCCAACCUCACGAAUUUAGAGUCUCAUGACCCUAUCGUCGCACCGCCGUCAUCACAUCAAACAGUUAUUAUUAUUUCAAGUCUACUCGGAGUCGUCAUUUUGUCUAUCGUGGGUGUUCUGAUCUGGUUAAAGAUCAAAAAAUCACCCUCUUAA